CACUUCCCCCUCUAUCCGACACCAUGGCGUCCAAUGUUAUCGAAAUUGACUCUGGGUUUGACGGCGACUCUGCCGUAGGCUCUAUCGAUGAUCAACUCUCCGCAUUCUCCGAAUCCCUCAGCUCCAGUGUUGUCGCAUACCCGGUUGAACAUGGGCGCCGUUACCACGCAUACAAGGAUGGAGCAUACUUCAUGCCUAACGACGAGUCCGAGCAAGACCGCCUCGAUAUGAUGCACCAUAUGCUGAAGUUGAUGCUGGACAACAAGAGCUUCAUGUGCCCGAUAAAGGAGGAGCAGUUGAGCAAAGGAAGGAUUCUUGACGUUGGCACUGGAACGGGAAUUUGGGCGAUAGAAAUGGCGGACAAUUAUCCUGACGCAGAGGUUAUCGGAAACGACCUCAGUCCGGUGCAGCCAACCUGGGUGCCUCCCAACGUAAAGUUCGAAGUCGACGACGUCGAAUCUCCUUGGACGCACGCGAAGCCCUUCGACUUUGUUUUCUGUCGCUAUAUGGAUGGCGCAAUCUCCGACUGGCCGGCACUCCUACGGAACACUUUUGAGAAGACGCGCCCCGGUGGAUGGGCUGAAUACCAAGCCUUCGACACCCACUAUAAGAGCGAUGACGGUUCGCUCGGCCCGGAUUCAUCAAUCAACAAGUUUGUUGCGACCAUGGAGAUGGGUUGCGAAAAGCUGGGGAAGGAGUUAUAUCCAGGGCCGGGGCUGGAGGGCUGGUUCAAAGAGGCGGGAUUUGUGAACGUGGGCGUCCACUCUUUCAAGUUGCCGCUAGGCCCUUGGGCGAAGGAUCGGAAGCUGAAAGAGGUUGGCAUGUUCAACAUCAUGCAGGUCCUUGACGGCAUGGAAGCAUUCUCCUACCGCCUGUUCAUGUCCGCACUGGGAUGGAGUAUAGAAGAAGUGCAGGUCUUCAUCGCAAAAGCCGUCCAGGAGAUCAAGAGUAAGAAUGUGCACUCAUACUAUACUUUCUAUGUCGUUUACGGCCAAAAACCGGAGAAUGCAUAAACGAUCAAUACGCUAUUUCUUCAGCAAUAAGUCAUAACACUUUGGUAGAGUCUGGCAGCAAAAAUUGGCCUGCAGCUUUUGUAUUUACUUGGCACUAAUCAAUAAGACCCUCAUAAUUCUGAAAGCAUCGGGACGAUUUGAAUCCCCCA